AUGUUUCGCCCGCCGCCAACAACCGGUCAGACGAACUACUUCCAGCGGACGAGGUUACCCACCAACACAAUCGCUCUCUUCGUCCCGCAACAGACGGCCUGGAUAGUUGAACGUAUGGGACGCUUCAGUCGGAUUCUCGAGCCCGGACUUGCCAUUUUAAUGCCCGUUAUCGAUCGCAUCGCGUAUGUCAAGAGCUUGAAGGAGAAUGCCUUGGAAAUUCCAUCCCAGAGCGCAAUCACGGCCGACAAUGUAACGCUGGAGCUGGACGGUGUUCUAUAUACUCGUGUGUUCGAUCCCUACAAGGCCAKCUAUGGCGUGGAGGAUGCCGAGUACGCCAUCUCACAACUGGCGCAAACCACGAUGCGCAGCGAGAUUGGUCAACUGACUCUGGAUCACGUCUUAAAAGAACGCGCCGCGCUCAAUACCAACAUUACCCAGGCUAUCAACGAGGCAGCGGCAGAUUGGGGUGUACGAUGUUUGCGUUACGAGAUUCGUGAUAUUCACGCUCCGGGACCAGUCGUAGAAGCCAUGCACAGGCAGGUCACUGCUGAACGUAGCAAACGUGCAGAGAUUCUCGAGUCCGAGGGUCAGCGACAGAGCGCCAUCAAUAUCGCCGAGGGAAGAAAGCAGAGUGUUAUUCUGGCAUCAGAAGCCAUCAAGAGCGAGCAGAUCAACGCCGCGAGUGGUGAGGCUGAGGCCAUCCUGCUCAAGGCCACAGCAACCGCGCGAGGAAUCGAUGCCGUCGCUCAGAGCCUGGAAAAUGGCAAGAGUGCCGCACAAGGCGCCAUAUCACUUUCAGUCGCCGAGAAAUAUGUCGAGGCAUUCGGAAGGCUCGCAAAGGAGGGCACUUCUGUCGUUGUACCAGGCAAUGUUGGCGACAUUGGUGGAAUGAUUGCCACGGCCAUGAGCGUCUACGGCAAUGUGAGCCAGGCGCAGGCAAAAACCAUGGGUCAGAAGGCCAUACCAUCCGAGGAGAAGAGUGCCGCGGAAACCGUUGCUGAUGAUGAAAAGAGCUUGACCAAGAAGCAGAUUCAGGAGAAGGUGCUCGAGAGUUUCGACAAGACGCAACAAAGGCAUUGA